AUGAGAAAUAUUUUACUCUGGACUAAAAUAUAUGGUUUAGAAGGCGAAGGUCAAAAAUAUUUUAUAGAUCAAAAGUGUGCGUUUAUCAACUGUUAUUUCACUACUAAUAAAAGUUUAUUCGGCGAUUUGAGAUAUUUCGAUGUGAUUUUAUUCAAUUUACAAGAUGUUAGUAAAGAUGCAUAUAACUUGCCCGUAUUACGAAGUUCGACUCAGAAAUAUAUAUUUGUGGCGAAUGAUUCCUCAGAUAACUUUCCCGUAUGCAAUCCAGUUUAUGAUGAUUUCUUUAAUUGGACUUGGACAUAUAGAUUUGAUUCUACAGUAUCAUAUCGUUUCAUCACGGUUUACAAUACAGACUACGAAGAACUCGGCUACCAUUUCCGAUGGAAUUACAACAUGAAACCAAUAGACGCUUCCUUAAAAUCACAAUUCGUCACUAAAAGUAAAGCGGCAGUAAUUUUUUUAGAUAAAUGUGAGAGUAGAAGCAAGAGAGAAAAUUUGAUACAAGAUCUUCAAAGGAAUUUAGCUAAGUAUAAUCUUGACGUCGACAUUUUUGGUCCGUGUGGUUUAAAAAAGUGUAAACGGAAGACAAUGAACCCUUGUUUCUGGAGGCUGAGAAAGAAUUACUACUUCUAUCUUGCAUUUGAAGAUUCUCUUGCUUAUGAUUAUAUAACGGAUGUUGUUUUAUAUGCUUAUAAUAACAAUGCUGUGCCGAUCGUGUAUGGUGGAGCUAGAUAUGAUAGUUAUCUUCCUCCAGGAUCUUAUAUAAACGCACUAAACACAAGCGCAAAGGCUCUAGCGGCAUAUAUGCAUGAUAUAAUUGAGAAUAAAGAGAAAUAUUACGACUUUUUCCGUUGGAAAAACUACUACAUCAUCAGCAAAUCGCCCAUACUAAACGCGUGUGCCUUAUGUGAAAUAUUGAACAGUCCGGCGCGUCUCGUUCAAAAUGUUGUCAUUUCAAAGUUCAGAACAUGGUGGAAUAAUAUCGAGAGGUCUCCGCCCAUAGUCGCCGACAGGGUGUGCCUCUGGGCCCCCCACGCAGCACACUCACUCAAGGUGUGGGGCGCCGUGUCGACUGGCGCACCACACUCGUGGCAGGAGGGUGACACCUCCCGCCGCGCUAUUCCGUGCAGGUACUUACCGAAGCAAUGA